UAGCAGAUCUGGCACCCGCAAGCAACGUCAUCCCCGCGCGGUCGCAGAAUCUGGAGAGCUUUUCCACAACUCUAUUUUAUUUCACGGGGGAAACAUAGCUGCACAUAGGUCUGACUGCAUAUCGCCGCCCCGCCCGCCUGGCCCUCGACCACGGCGCUGCAUGUCGCUGCGAGCGUCCCUCCUUCAGCGCCUCCUGCCGUCGCCCGCCGUCGCCCUCGCCCCUUCGCCAGACACCCGCGUCCUCCCCACGCGGCGUGAGGAACCAGGGCUCUAGGCUUUUGUAGCGUCCAGUCCACCUCCUGAAGGACGCCAUGGCCGCCGCCUCGUGGAGAAUGGCCGCGGGGACGCUCGGGUGCUCGGCCGCGCUCCUGCGCUCGAGGGCGCCCCUCCUGAGGAUUCGCGCCACACUUCCCUUGUCGGCUUCAACGACCAAGUGCUAUGCGCCGGCGGUGUCCCUCGUCCUGUGCAGGGACUUCCACGCUCUCAGGUUUUCCAGAAAUAUGGAAUUCUUCACUUCCAGCGACGCGCCCCUUCCGAAGAAGACCAUGGAGGUCGCCAGAGCGUUGGGCGAGCGAGAAAGGCCACUGACGCUGCUCUUCUGCUGGCUCAUGGCCAAGGAGAGGCACGUCCGGAAAUACGCCCAACUCUACACCAACCUGGGCAUCGAUGUGCUCAAAGUGCGAGUGUCGCCCUUCGAUCUGCUCAGGCCCACCAAGGGGUCGCAGGUUGCAGCAGACCAGGUAUUGCAGUUCCUCCACGCCAACCCAUCUCACAGCCCAGUCCUGAUUCAUGGCUUCAGCGUGGGAGGCUACGUGUUCUCUGAAGUCAUGGUGAAGGUCGAAAAUGACUUCAAGAAACAUGGGCAUCUCCUGAACAGAUUUGUGGGCCAGAUUUGGGACAGCGGGGUUGACAUCGAUGGGAUCCCCGACGGCAUGCCACGGGCCAUUACAAAUAACGCCUUGUUGCAGAAGUCCAUGAAGAAGUAUUUGGAAUGGUACUUGAAAAUCCAGUAUGACACAGCAACGAUACACUACGAAAGAGCAAGCCAAAAGAUGCACCAGAACUUUGUGGGCGUCCCUGGCUUGUUCCUUUUCUCAGACAACGACCCGGUCUCCACGCCAGAGAUGAAUGCGAGGGUCUACAAGAAAUGGGAGGCUAAGGGCCAUCAGGUGUACACCGGGCACUGGCAAAAGUCUCCUCACGUGACCCACUUCCAGCGGCACCCAGUCGAGUACCAGGAGCUGAUGGUGGCCUUCCUGGAGCGCGUCGGGAUGAUCGAGCCGGCCAGACAGAGAGCCACGUCUAUCUAAAUGCGGAGGGACGUUUAGAAUGAAUGGUGGUUUCGGGUUUCUAGUGCGUAGCGAAGCAAUGGCCAAAAGAGUUUUUUGACCUUGUAAUGGGAGGAGAAAUGUUUCAGGUCAGAAUGAGAUGGACUUUCAUGAAUUCAUUUAUAGAUUUAUGUACUGGAGAGUUUGAGAAUGUCUUGUUACAGAAGAGUGAGUGCAAUAUAUGAUAUUUACAUUUACCUUAACGUGCAUUUGAUCUUAUCAGUUGCCUUGGGUUACUUUUACAAUGUUUAUGUAACACGGAAAGCAUAUUAUCUCAACUGUAAAAUGAUGCAUUUAUGAAACAUGCACUAAGAUUAGAUUUUGUUUAUAAAAGUGAUUUUUGAUGAACUGUUUUUUAAUAAUCACAAUUGGCUGGAAGGAAUGAGAAACAAGUAUUUUUUAUUUGAUUUUCUUGUUUUUACUUUAUAUUUGUACUGACAGAGUUACCAGUGAAGAAUGGAAUUCACAAAGUUGUAUAUCAUUUUAUAAUAUGUAUUAGAUACAGAGACCAUGCAAUAAUCAGUAUCAUGCCAGCACACACAUAUAGAUUGUAGGUUUGUGAUAUCACAGCCACUGAAGUGUUCAUACAUGAAAGUAAUUCACGAUCUUUCUACAAAUCAACUAAUCGUUAAAAAAAAUAGAUAAAAUGAAACAAGAUUAUCAAAAAGAAGGAAUAUGACCAUUUGGCUUUCCUUGUGUUCUUACAUUUAGAUGAGGUUUGUGUAAGUGAACUAAUUCCAGAAAAGACAGAUCAUAUUUUUGUCUAAAUUGAACAAUACCUACUUUGAGAUCAUAACUUUACCAGUAUAUGACCUGGUGAUCAGUGUGCUUGAAUGGAGUUUCCGGUGCAGCUAUAGCAUUAUUACAUAUUCAUUCAAAGAUGUGCAUCUUCAUUAUCAGAAUAAAAGUAACAAAAUGUU